AUGGGUAUCUCAGAAAUGGCCAAAACAGUGCAAGCUAUUCCCAUUACAUUUGGUUUCCCACUAGAACUUGAUAUUAAGUCCCUAUUGCUGAAGAUAUCGUAUACUUUGGUCACAGAACAUGGCAAAAUCAAGCUGCUGCUAUCAAGUUCCUCCCUGCAGGCUACCCCAGCUUUGGCUCCACAAAAUGUGCUUGGUACCAACGUGGGCAGCGUGUACAACACUAAAAAAGUAGGCAAGAAACUCAACAUCCGGCUUAAGAAAGGUUCCAAAGGACUGGGGUUCAGCAUCACCUCCCAGGACGUUUCUAUAGGCGGUUUAGUUCCCAUUUAUGUCAAGAACAUCCUUCCUCGAGGGGCCGCCAUUGAAGGUGGCAGACUCAAGGCAGGAGACCCGCUCAUAGAGGUCAACGGCGUAGAUUUAGCAGGGAAGUCCCAGGAGGAAGUUGUUUCCCUGUUGAGAAGCACCAAGGUGGAAGGGACCGUGAGCCUUCUGAUCUUUUGCCAGGAAGACGCUUUCCACCCAAGGGAACGGAACACUGAAUCAAGCCAGAUGCAGAUUCCAAAAGAAACGAAACCGGAGGAUGAGGAGGUUGUUCUCACUCCUGAUGGGACCAGGGAGUUUCUGACCUUUGAAGUCCCCCUUAAUGACUCGGGAUCUGCAGGACUUGGAGUCAGCAUCAAAGGGAACCGUUCCAAAGAGAACCACGCAGAUCUGGGAAUCUUCGUGAAGUCCAUUAUUAAUGGCGGAGCUGCAUCCAAAGAUGGAAGACUGAGAGUGAAUGACCAGCUGAAAGCUGUAAAUGGAAAGUCGCUGCUGGGCAAAGCCAACCAGGAAGCCAUGGAGACUCUGCGGAGGUCCAUGUCCACCGAGGGCAACAAGCGAGGAAUGAUCCAGCUCAUCGUGGCCAGGCGGAUCAGCAAAUGCAAUGAGCUUCGGUUUCCUGGGAGCCCUGCCGCCCCUGAGCUGCCCAUCGAGACAGAACUGGAUGACCGGAAACGCAGGAUCUCACACUCCCUCUACAGCGGGAUUGAGGGGCUGGACGAAUCGCCCACCAGGAAUGCAGCACUCAACAGGAUAAUGGGAACAUAG